GGAGACAGCAGAGGCGUGGCUCUGUAGUAAACAGUUUAUGUCCCAUUGCACCGCGGGGUUCUGUCACUUUUCUGCAGCUUUUUAACUGCUCCUGCAAAAAUAAACUAUAAAUACUGCUUCUUUAGCUGUCAGACACCUUUUAGCACUUUCAAACCGCGUUAUUACUUCAUUUUAAACGCUGAAAUCCCGUUUUUGUCCCGUUGUAGUGAAGACAUUUUUAUUUCUCUGUGAAAAUGGCGUAUCCGGGGUACGGAGCAGCUCCAGGUGGAUUUCCAGGCGCGCAACAGGACCCUUUGUACGGAUAUUUUGCCUCUGUGGCUGGGCAGGAUGGACAGAUAUCUGCAGACGAGCUCCAGCGCUGUCUCACCAGCUCAGGCGUCUCCGGCUCCUACAACCCUUUCAACCUGGAGACCUGUAGACUCAUGAUCAGCAUGUUGGACAGGGACUUUUCAGGCUCGAUGGGUUUUAAUGAGUUUAAGGAGUUGUGGGGAGUUUUAAACCAGUGGAAGACCCAGUUUAUGAACUACGACCGGGACCGGAGCGGAACCGUGGAGCCCCAGGAACUGCACCAGGCUCUGGGCAGCAUGGGCUACAAUCUGAGUCCUCAGGCUCUGAACUGCAUCCUGAAGCGCUACAGUCACCACGGCCGCGUCGGGUUUGACGACUUUGUCUGCUGCUGCGUCAAACUACGAGCUUUAACAGAUCAUUUCAGGAGGAGGGACACGUCUCAAAAUGGACAUGCUAACUUUGGAUAUGAUGACUUUAUCCAAGUCACAAUGAGCCUCUAAAGAAGAUGUGAAAUUUGUAAUUACUUACUGUAUAUUACAUGUCUAUAUACACAAUGUUGUCUCCAUACUAAGGUCGUCUAAAGUAUAAAAAUCGGAUACGAAUCGAUACCAAACUUGUCCAGAAUAUCUUUAGAAUGACACAUAGACUAGUUCACACUCAUGGACCACUAUGAAGCUACUGAACAUUGAGGGAGUACACAGAUAUAAGACACAUGGGAACAGAAGAGAAAGUACUACCAUUUAAUGUGGAAAAUCACAGUAUAUUGAGUGUUUUUAUGAUCAUUGUAGUAUCAGACUCCAUAUCGAGUCUAUUCCUUAUUAUCGAAAUUGAGUUUGAAAUUUUAGUAUCGAGACAACACUACUUCAUAUUAUGUUAUUGGCACAUUCCAUUUUAAAGGUGCAUUCUGUAACUUUUCUGUUAGAGGAUCUGCCUCCUGUUUAUUUCCAUGCUCUGGGGAUCAUUUUACUUCGCCAAGGAAGUUCCACAGUACAGCAUUAAACUUGUCUAUCUUUACAUUUAUUCAAUUAGAAGUAUUUUUAUCUUGAACAAGAAUGCAUGUUUCAAUGUAUUUUUUGUGAGCGGUGUCACCUCUCCACAGAUCUGACCUGGUAGUGUCACCUAUUUGUAUCCUGCUUGUAUAAAAGCAAUAACAUUUCCAUGGAGACAAGCAAGGGGUGAACCCUCCACUAGAAAAGUUCCAUAGUGCAUCUUUAUAGACCACUGUUCAUCGUCACAUUCCAUGUAAGGGCAUUUAUUAUGUUAUUUUAUAUCAGUGUGAACUAAAACACUCCGGAGUGCCCGAGUAACACUGCAGCUUGAAGUAUUUAGUGAAAUAUAUUAAAAACUGUAACAAUAAAUACUGGAACAA